AUGGAUAAAAAGGAGUUUCGUGCAGUGAUAAAACACUUUUUUUUGAAAGGGAAAACAGCUACGCAGAUUCAAGCAGAGUUGCAGGAGGUUCAUGGCACAUCUACUCCUUCAUUACCAACCAUCAGUUUUUGGGUAAACGAAUUUAAACGUGGUCGUACCAACACCGAUGAUGAACCACGCAGUGGACGCCCGAAAACCGCUACCAAUGAAGAAAUGGUCAGUAAAGUGAUCGAUAUUGUUAUGAGUGACCGCCGUUUGAAGUUGCGUGAGAUAGUAGAGAUGGUAGGCAUCUCAGAAGAACGGAUAUUUCAUAUCCUGCAUGAAAUAUUGGGCAUGAGAAAGCUGACGUCGCGAUGGGUGCCGCGUUUGCUUACGGUGGAGAAUAAACACGUGCGUAUGACCAUCUCUAAGCAGUGUUUGGAUUUGUUUAAGAGGAAUCCACGAGAAUUUUUUCGUCGAUAUGUGACCGUGGACGAAACAUGGAUUCAUCACUACACACCCGAAACAAAACAACAGUCGAAGCAAUGGACUUUGCCUGAAAAGGGAAAAACGAUUACGGGAAAAUACUACGCCGACUUACUGGACCGUUUCAACAAAGAAUUGAAGGAAAAACGUCCUGAUUUGGCCAAGAAAAGUGUUGUUCCACCACGAUAA